GCAGGUUUUUUAUUUUUGUUUUCUAGUUUUUCGGUGCUACUUGUUACAAAUGAUGCUCAAAUGAUGAUGAAUGGGAAACAUUGAACGGCCAGAAAGUGAGAUUUAAAAAUGCUUGACGCUGUUGCAAACGCCAUAUGGCAUGUGUUCAACUUCUUGGACGACAAAAGCACCGGGCUUGUCGUCAAAAGUCGUUUAAAAGUUCUUACCGCAAAUCUCGGCACAAUCCUGAACAGCUACAAUGUUGAACGGGGUCUGGACGACUUCAGGAGUACACCACACUUGAGUUUCGAACACUUUAAAUACUAUCUCUCGAUGGAGCUUUUCUCUUCCUUGCCGAGCACGCUUGACUUGGGGACCCGGAUGGAGUACCAGCACCAGAUCGAGGAACUGUGUUGGCUGAUUUCUAAACAAAGUUUGCUGAAACGAGACAGACCCGUAUUUUCCCAACAAUCCGUGUUUCAAAUGUUUCGCAUCUUUUGCUGCUUAUCCGAGGAAAUUUCGGACCAGCGGGUUGGAAUCACUUUCGCAAUGCAUGUGGAUGAGCUGAAGCGGAUUAGCGAGGCAUUCGUGAACAGUGUUGGAAGGAAAUUUGACGUCGAAGAAUUCGGAAGGGUUACGCAGAACACGGAAUUCUUCACAUUUCCUUUGAUGCUGGAGUUCAUAGAACGACGCUAUGGUGCGAAUGUGGAAGAAGGCGGAGCGAAAGAAGCAGUACAGGAGUUGUAUGACACGUAUGCUUUAGACGUCUUGCGAAAGGGUCACUUGUCCAAAAAAGGCGAGCUUUUCCCCACGUUCCGAGAAUAUUGGUUCGUUCUCAAACCAUUCUGCCUCACGUAUUUCUCCAACUCGGACGAGAAGGAUAAAAAGGGAGAGAUCGCUUUGAAUGCUACUUUGCGAGUCGAGACCCCGUCUGGACCCGCAGUCGGGGACCACGGAGGAAACAUAGGUUCUACUUCCUCUUUGACCAUGUCCGCGGGUUCCCUGGGUUCCAUGGACAAAGUUGGGACUAGUUCAGAAAAGCUAGACAACAAACCGGCUCCCCAAAGCAGCAGCACGAAACAGUCGCACAAGUUUUCUAUCAAGUCUCCGGAGCGCAAUUGUGACUUCAUUGCAUCUGAUCAUCGUUCGAAGCUGCAGUGGAUUGCUGCGUUGAAAUUGGCGUUCGACAGCUGCGAUUUACUUCAAUCCUAUCAGCGCUCACUUGCUAAUCGUCGACGGCGAGAUCGUGAAGUUUCGAAACGGAAGGAGUGCGAAGAGCGUCAGCGUCGUGCUUCUCAAAUUGACAUCAUGGAAAAAACGAAAGCACAAUUAUUUGCGGAAAAACUGGUGCGUUUAGCGCUGAAUCAUACCCAACAUUCGAUCGAUCUUCCUUUUGUCGAAAAGGCCAGGGAAGCUGCGGAAGCGGAAGCAAAGUCUCUGGCAAAAGAACGAGAGCUGGACGAGAAGCGUCUUCGGGCUUUGGAAGGCAUCAAAGAACAGCUUGAGAAAACGUUGGAAGAAGAAACACAGGCGAGACGGGACGAAGAGAUCGUGAGGAAUUUGCAAGCUCGUGUUUUGCGUGAAGAGUGGGAGAAGCGUGAUCAGUUGGAACUGUUGCACGAGGAGCAAAAGCGUUUGCUGGAGGAGGAAAAGGAGAAGCGACGCCAGUUUGAAAUGGUGCAGCGGGAAAAGGAGUCCAAAUUAGCCGCGAUUGAAAAGCGUCUGAAAGAGCUUGAAGAAGAUCGAAGGAAGCUUGACAAAGAGCUUCGGGUAGCCCGGAUUAAGGUUUCCUCUUCUGAACAAAACAAAGAAAUCCUGGAAGCUCGUCUUCGACUGCAGUGGAUUGCUGCGUUGAAAUUGGCGUUCGACAGCUGCGAUUUACUUCAAUCCUAUCAGCGCUCACUUGCUAAUCGUCGACGGCGAGAUCGUGAAGUUUCGAAACGAAAGGAGUGCGAAGAGCGUCAGCGUCGUGCUUCUCAAAUUGACAUCAUGGAAAAAACGAAAGCACAAUUAUUUGCGGAAAAACUGGCCAGGGAAGCUGCGGAAGCGGAGGCAAAGUCUCUGGCAAAAGAACGAGAGCUGGACGAGAAGCGUCUUCGGGCUUUGGAAGGCAUCAAAGAACAGCUUGAGAAAACGUUGGAAGAAGAAACACAGGCGAGACGGGACGAAGAGAUC